CAAACAACAGCGGUCGCAGUGAUCAUUUGGAGUUAAAUUAGAUCUCUGUGUUCACGAAUCACAGUAUAUAGUAUAUACACUCCCACUCAAAAAUCAAACAAAAUAACCACCACUUUAAGAACAACAAGAAGAACAAGGUUCUGUUUUGUGUUUGGAUCCAACAAAACAGACAAGAUGAAGAUUUGGGUUGUUUUCUGUAUUGUUUCGUUGAUCCACUUUUGCGGUGCUGAACCAUUAACAGCAGAUGGAACGGUGUUGAUACUCGAUGAAUCAAACUUUGAUUCCGCUAUUUCAUCCUUCGAUCAUAUCUUGGUUGAUUUCUACGCUCCUUGGUGUGGUCACUGCAAGCGUCUCUCUCCUGAGUUAGAUGCAGCCGCGCCUGUACUUGCAAACUUGAAGGAACCUAUAGUCAUAGCAAAAGUAGAUGCAGACAAGCAUACUCGACUUGCAAGAAAAUAUGAUGUUGAUGCCUAUCCAACCGUUUUGCUGUUUAACCAUGGUAUCCCUACAGAAUACCGUGGACCAAGGAAAGCUGAUGUACUUGUUCGUUAUCUAAAGAAAUUUGCUGCUUCUGAUGUUACCGUUCUCGAUUCAGAUUCUGCUGUGAAUAGUUUUGUUGAAGAAGCUGGCACUUUUUUUCCAGUAUAUAUAGGUUUUGGGUUGGACAGUUCGGUUAUAGAAAAGUUUGGCAUAAAGUAUAAGAAAAAUGCAUGGUUUUCUGUGGCAAAGGAUUUUUCAGAGGAUCUCAUGGUAACAUAUGACUUUGAUAAGAUUCCUGCAUUGGUUUCCCUUAAUCCACUGUACAAUGAGCGGAACACCUUUUACGGCCCCUUUGACGAUGAAUUUUUGGAAGCCUUUAUAAAACAAAAUCUCAUUCCUUUGGCCGUGCCUGUAUCCUACGAGACACUUAAGUUGAUGAAAGCUGAUGGUAGGAAAAUAGUUUUGACUAUUGUGGAUGAUGAAAGCGAAGAAAGUUCCAAAGAACUGGUUAAGCUAUUGAAGGCUGCUGCAUCUGCAAAUCGUGACUUAAUUUUUGGUUACGUCGGAGUUAAACAGCUGGAUGAAUUUGCUGAUAAAUUUGAUACCACUACUAAACUACCAAAAAUGGUCAUUUGGGAUAAAAAAGAUGAUUAUCUUUUGGUUGUUGGUUCAGAAAGCAUUGAGGGAGAGGAUCAAGGAACUCAAAUCACUAAAUUUCUUGAAGGAUACAGAGAAGGAAGAACCAUAAAGAAAACACUUAGUGGACCAACACUGAUGCAAUUUUUCCAUAGAUCUUUUGACAUUAGGCUGGUGUAUAUUAUUGUUUUUAUGAUUGCAGUGCUAAUGCUUAUUCAAACCCUAGGUAGUAGUAAAGAUGAUGAUGAAUAUCAAAGAGUACCAAACAAAGAAAAGGUUAAUCAACCAAGCAGCUCUACUAUAUCAGAAGGUGAAAGCAAAGAGUAUAAAGAAGGUGACAAAGAAGAUUAGAUUAAUAAUUAUAACAUAUAAAAUGAUCAUCACUGAAUUAUUAUAGCUGGCUUUAGAAUUACCAUGCCUUUUUGGUAUGUGUAAAUAUUUUAGAGUCUUUGUUUUGUAUUUCUCAUAAAUUUUGAGUACUGUCUAGACUAAACUUAUAUUGUUAUUUGCACGUUUUCACUAGUUAUUUCUUGACAUGAUGGAAAGACUUAUUUAUUAAGUAGUUUUAACGUGACAUUGAUGAAAUGAAAUUGUUUCAAUUAUUCUCUA